CUCGCGCUGCCUGGGGUCGCCCGUGGGAGGGAGGGAGCGAGCGAGCGGUGCGUGCCGUAGCGUCACGUGGUGUGUGUGAACGUGGGAGGAGGGGUGGCUCCGCGGCACGAAGCCGGGGCUGGCGCGGUGGGAAGAGGCAGUAGCAUGGCGGCGUCUCUGGGCGGGCUGGGCCUCCUGCAAGGCAGAGUCAGGUUGGCUGCGGCAGCCGCUGCCUCUUCGCCUCUCAGCCGGACGGGCGCGCGGGGGCUGGUGCGGGGAGGGGCUGCUUGUUCUCCGACGGGGAGGGGCUACAGCUCGGAGGCGAAGGGGGAGGAGGAGCUGCGGGUCCGAUACCUGGACGAGGAGAACCAAGGAAUUGUGGUACUUGGAUUAAACAGAUCUCGUGCCAAAAAUGCACUUAAUAAAAAUCUUAUAAAAAUGAUGUCAAAAGCUGUGGAUGCUCUGAAAUCUGAUAAGAAAGUACGAACUGUUAUAUUCCGAAGCGAAGUCCCUGGGAUAUUCUGUGCUGGUAUGCAAACUUCAUUUUACUGUGAAGUUGGAUAUUUGUAAUCUAGCAUUGUAGUAGAAAUGGCCCAGAUUCCAAGGAAGCAUUGUAUCUUGUCACAUUCAAAAGCUGUCAAAAGCUGUGGAUGCUCUGAAAUCUGAUAAGAAAGUACGAACUGUUAUAUUCCGAAGCGAAGUCCCUGGGAUAUUCUGUGCUGGUAUGCAAACUUCAUUUUACUGUGAAGUUGGAUAUUUGUAAUCUAGCAUUGUAGUAGAAAUGGCCCAGAUUCCAAGGAAGCAUUGUAUCUUGUCACAUUCAUCUCAGUUGUAAGCAAAACCUCUUCUUGUGAUUUUCCUUGAUUUUUAACAAGAAAGAAACAUCUGUUUCAUUCUGUUUUCUUCUUUUUGCAUCAUAAAGAACACUUCACAAUAUGUAGUAGAUUUUUUUUUUUCAAAGUAGUGGAUAAAUGCAUUAUGUUGAACUCUUAAAAGACUUACUUAUAUUCUGGAAUGAGAGCCUAAUAUUGCUAAGUGGUUAAUGGGACUGGUAGCAUAUGAAUGGUAGAUAGAGAAGGAUGCUUUCUUUACUUUCAACUUGGAGGUAUAAAAUCCAUAAAAACAACUUGUGAAACCAGGCUAACAGUAUGGCAGGGAUCGGCAACCUUUGGCACAUGGCCUGUCAGGGUGAGCCCCUGGUGG